AUGAAAUUACUCUUAGCAGCGUUUAUCCUCUUCAUAGCUUUAUUGAGUCGAUUAAAUGUUGUACCUAAUGGAAAAAUCGGUGAAAAAGAAGUGGUUGUUUCAUUGUCUGCAAAUGAAUGUUAUCGUCAUAUAACAGAUACUCAAGCGUAUUCACGUUGGAUGCCUUCAGUUCUAUCAACAGAAACAGAAAUGAAGCCAUUUAUUGCCAGCAUCGGUGAAGAAUUCGUCUUAGUAGUCGACUAUGGAUAUUUAGGGACUAUGUCAUAUGUCGGACACAUUUUAUCCGCUGAAACAAACACUCGAUUCACCUUUAUACUUGACGACUGGCUAGAAACCAAGUUUGAUUUCACUAUAACAUCUAUGGAUAAAGAGAAAUCGAGAAUGAAAUUAACUGUACAUUCAAAUAAGAACAAUUUAUUGUAUAACCAUAUAAUUCUGCCUAUUGCUCAAUUAUACUACUCAAAUUGGCUAACACAUUGUUUAUUACACUUUCAAUUAACAUAUUCAUAA